GGGGAGGGGAGGGAAGAGGCUGCAGAAGCCGAAGCCCUGACCCACCGGCAGGCUGGGGCUGCGGCGGCGCGGACUGUCCCCCGAUAUCCAUCAACUCCUCCGCGAGGCAUUCGGCGGCCGCAUGAAGCACAAGAUGGGCACUGGGCGGGUGUCAACUACGAGUAAGCAUCUCUGAUUGCACUCAGCAGCUCGCCGCUCCCACCACCACUUUUGCACAGGGGACCGGAGAAGCCCGUGUCGGGGCGACACGGGGACACCGAGCCCCCGCCAGCGCUGUUCACCCUUUGCCCGCAGAGCCGGCGCCCCCCAUGCGCCAAGCAGCCGAUCGGUGGCGUCUGGGGGCGCCAUGGCCUCGGCGACCGCGGCGGCGGCGCCGGGCGAAGCGGAGGAAACCACCCGGCUCCGCAAACCGCGGUUCUCUUUCGAGGAGAACCAGAUCCUGAUCCGGGAGGUGCGCGCCCACUACCCUCAGCUCUACGGUGCGCAGAGCCGUCGGGUGAGCGUGGCCGAGCGGCGGCGAGUGUGGGACAGCAUCGCCAGCAAGAUCAACGGCAUCACCAGCUGGAAGCGCACGGGCCAGGAGGUUCAGAAGCGUUGGAACGAUUUCAAGCGCCGCACCAAGGAGAAGCUCGCCCGAGUGCCGCACUCCACGCAGGGCGCGGGGCCCGCCGCCGAGGACUCCUUCUCCGCGGAGGAGGAGACUAUUUUCGCCAUCCUGGGGCCGGGUGUGGCGGGGCCCGGAGCUGGAGCUGGGGCUGAGGAGACCCCGACAGCCGCCUCUUCACGGCCACAAGCUCCGACCGCUGGUACGCAACGCUAUGUUUUGUCCGAGGAUCGCAGGCAGGAUCGACGGGCAGAUAUCGCAGCCCAGAGCAAAGGGGGCUCCAGCAGCCCAGAGUCCUCGGCCCGGCCCUCUUGCAAUGUCCCCGAAGCCAAGGAGGGUGAGUCCCCGUCCCCUGCAGCCAUGCAGCCUGUCCAGCUGCCCCGCCUGGCCUUGUCUCCACCUCUCCCUGCCCCUCCACCACCACCCACGCCGCUGGCCCAAGUGGCACCUUCAUCCCCUAGCCCACCACCUCCUCGGCCCACCUCAGCCCCAGAACAGUCCCUGGACUUUCUGCGGGCUCAGCAGGAGACUGCCAAUGCCAUCAGGGAGCUGGCUGGCACCCUUCGGCAGGGACUGGCCAAACUGAGCGAGGCCCUCAGCGCCCUGUUACCCCUUCUGCCGGGAACCCCAGCUGACCCGCUGCCUCCGCCCCAACCUCCGCCCCCACCUCCCAAGCCAGUUCUGCCACCACCUGCCCCCAAGGUGGAGGUCCCCUCAGAGCCUGUGUCCGUGGUAGCUGCUGUCGUGGAUGGGGCUGUAGUAGCAGCUAGGGGAGUGAUCAUCGCCCCUAGAAGCGAGGAAGGGGUGCCCAAACCACCCCCAGCCCCACCAGCACCCCUCCACGACUCACCACCACACAAAAGGAAGAAAGGCUUCCCUACACGGAAGAGGCGGAGUCGCUGGAAGUCUCCGUGAAAUCGACUCCCGUCUACGCUCCUGCCUGCAACCCCCUCUCCCUGCUUGGCACAGUCGAGGAGGAAGCUGCUCUUUGCCCAUCCUAGCUGCACCCUGGCUUCCUGCUCUAGGGAAGUGAGCACCCCACUUCCUGUGCUAGUUAGUGCCUGAUUCUCUGAGUGGGUCCCCUGGGUGGGACGCCCUCAGCCCCGUUCUCUGGUACAGUGGUGUCUGCCUGACUGCCUCCUGUAACCCCCAACUUGUAAGCCAUCAAUUUUAUGUUAUAUUGCCCCAUGUGGGGUGGGAGGGGGACCUCCUGGCUCUGCGACAUGCCCCUUUGCCUAAGAGUUGCUGUUCUUGUCUUGAAGAGAAGCAACGGGUGGGGACAUCCCCAGUCCCCCAGCCGACUUCGGAAGGGUUGGGCGUUUGCUAGACAAAUGAGAAGGUAGAAGGCAGGCAACUUUCUUUAGGGAGAGGGAGGCGGGAUUCUGAUUGGGGAGGUAUAGGUUGGGUCCUCUACCUCCCGUUGCUGUGUUGUGUGUCUGACCUCCCCAGCUCAGCCCCCCUUUUCUUCUCAGUGCUGACAAGAUGUCAAUAAACUUAUUUUCAUAC